GACAGAUGCAGUAGGUCUCCUCUCAAAGGCUGUUUCUUCUCCCAGUUCAUCCACGCUUGUUGACUCUUGCCGGAGAAGAUCUACAUAGCAGGAAAAACUUUCAGGUAUAUGGAAGUAAAAGAAGGAACCCAAACCUGAUUAUGGAUUUUAAAAAAAGAUUCCUCAAUACACAAAGGAAGAAAUAAACUGGUAGAAAACCCUCAGGAACAAUGUCUUUUUGCCACAAUAUAAUUAAUAUUUCCUGUGUGAAAAGCAGCAGGUCGAAUGAUGUCCGUGCUUCCCUGUAUAGUUUAAUGGUGCUCAUAAUUCUGACCACACUCAUUGGCAAUCUGAUAGUCAUUAUAUCCAUAUCACACUUCAAGCAACUUCAUACCCCAACUAAUUGGCUCAUUCAUUCCAUGGCCACCGUGGACUUUCUGCUGGGGUGCCUGGUCAUGCCCUAUAGCAUGGUCAGAUCUGUUGAGCAUGGCUGGUACUUUGGAGAAGUCUUCUGUAAAAUUCACACCAGCACUGACAUUAUGCUGAGCUCAGCCUCCAUUUUCCACUUGUCCUUCAUUUCCAUUGACCGCUACUAUGCUGUGUGUGAUCCAUUGAGAUACAAAGCCAAAAUCAAUAUCUUGGUUAUCUUUGCAAUGAUCUUCAUCAGUUGGAGUGUUCCUGCUCUUUUCGCAUUUGGAAUGAUUUUUCUGGAGCUAAACUUCAAAGGAGCUGAAGAGAUGUAUUAUAAAUACAUUCACUGCAUAGGGGGUUGCUCCGUCUUCUUUAGCAAAACAUCUGGGGUACUGGCCUUUAUGACUUCUUUCUAUAUACCUGGAUCUAUUAUGUUGUGUGUCUAUUCCAGAAUAUAUUUCAUAGCUCAGAGACAGGCAAAAUCAAUUCAUGAUGCAAAUCAGAAGUUUCAAAUUGGAUUGGAAGAAAAAAAGGGAAUGUUACAAAGCAAAGAAAGGAAAGCUGCAAAGACUUUAGGGAUUGUGAUGGGAGUUUUCCUAAUAUGCUGGUGUCCUUUCUUUGUCUGCAUGGUCACGGAUCCUUUCCUGGACUAUAGCAUUCCACCCACAUUGAAUGAUGCAUUGAUUUGGUUUGGAUACUUGAACUCUAUGUUCAAUCCAAUGGUUUAUGCUUUUUUCUAUCCUUGGUUCAGAAAAGCACUGAAGUUGAUUCUAUUUGGUAAAAUUUUCCAAAAAGAUUCGUGUAGGUAUAAACUAUUUUUAGAAUCACAUCCAUAGAAUUAUUAUAUUUACUGCUUACUGUUUUGCAAAACAAGUGGCGAUCAUAUUUAUGACCACAACAUAAUCAACCACAUGGACCAAUUGCAGGGUUUUUAUCAAUUAUUUGAACCAAAGAACAUAUAAUAAGAUAGAAUUCUUACAUUUUGCUUCCUGUUUGAGAUUCAAUAUGUAAUCUUUGCCAUUCUUACUAUCCACACUGAAGCUUUGCGAGUCUAGAAUUAGAGGCUCUACAUGAAAGAAUUUUCCAGGCCUUGCAUGAACUGCCAUGAAAUUGCCAGAAAUACCUUACUCAUCUGUUCAGGGAAUGCAUUUGGGAAUGCAAAUUAGAAUGGAUUUGUCAUUCAUUUUCUUGACUAUAAAUGCCUUUUUGUAAAAUCAAAGAAAGUACACAUUAAAUGUUAUUGAAUAAUUGUUUAUACAUGAUUUGCCAUUUUUCAUGAAUCCUUAUUAAUAUAUAUUCCAAUUUUUAAAUAUCUUAA